AUGUUUUGUCUCGACGAGCGGUUGUGCGGCGCAUCGUGUGCGGUUGUCACUACAAACAGAAACAGGAUAGAGCCGUGGUCGCACCGUUUGUGUGGCCCACCUGCGACGCGGCCUCAUCCGCGCGCGCGCAGCUCCCAUUCCUCCCAUCCGCGGGGCCAGCUCCCUUUUCUCCCCCUCGUCACAUCCAUCUCUCCCCCUCCCCCUCUCUCAAACUCAACACUUCACGACCUCGUGCGAUGUGACAAGCGCAUACGCCUCACCACGAUGAUAGACCAGCGCGGAUCCCGCCAUUCAAGGGGGAAGCUCCUUACCCCAAUCCCUUUCCGCCCUCUCCCCCUAUCGGGAGGGGGCGAGGGUGCGGCCGGGGGGGAGUGGAUGGAAAUCCCCUCGGCUCGAGCUGAGGGGAGGAGGGGGACGGUCAGUAUCAUCCCCCUCGGAGGCUCAUCGUCUCUCAUCGGCGCAUCGCCUCUGCCAGCACUGCCGCCGCCGGUGCUUCCAGCCCUUCUCAUCACCAUGGCUUCGCACGGCGUGGCUGUGACUCGGAGCUUUGGCCUCCUGCUCGCUGCACUGGCUGCUCUCAUGCUCUCCGCCUGUGCGCCCAGGGCUGCCGCCAUUCGCCAUUCGCACGGCCUGCUGACAGCUGCUUCAAGCAACGCCGCCGACCGUAAGGCACCCGCCUCACAUCACCGAGCCAGAGAUUCGCACCCUUGCCCGUCUCCUUGCCCUCAAACGCACCCUUGCCCGUCUUCUUGCCCUCAAACGCACCCUUGCCCGUCUCCUUGCCCUCAAACGCACCCUUGCCCGUCUCCUUGCCCUCAAACGCACCCUUGCCCGUCUCCUUGCCCUCAAACGCACCCUUGCCCGUCUCCUUGCCCUCAAACGCACCCUUGCCCGUCUCCUUGCCCUCAAACGCACCCUUGCCCGUCUCCUUGCCCUCGGCCUUACUCCAGUCUUUUCUGGGAACAUCUUACUUGUCUCGCGUAUCGCUCCCAUCCCAUCUCUCUUCUCCACUCGUGUGUGCAGCGCAACUGUGGCGCCAAUGCGGUGUGCGUGAAGGACAGGGGCAGCGCCACCUGCGUGUGCAACGUUGGAUUCUCCAUGACCCCCACCGGCUGUGUUGACAACUGCGCGCUCAAGGCGUGUGGCACCAACGGCAAGUGCAUCAAGGACAGUGCUGGAGUGGCGUCCUGCGUAUGCAACGCUGGCUUUCUGCUGCAGGCUGACAAGGUUACAUGCACUGACACGUGUGUGCUCAAGAAGUGUGGAAGCAACGCCAAGUGCGUGAAGAGCGCUGCAGGAGUGGCGUCCUGCGUGUGUGCCACUGGCUUCGUGAUGCAGCCUGAUGGCAUCACAUGCACCGACACAUGCGCGCUCAAGGCGUGUGGCGUCAACGGCAAGUGCAUCAAGGACAGUGCUGGAGUGGCGUCCUGUGUGUGCAUCACUGGCUUUUCUCUGCAGGCUGACGGCACCACAUGCACCGACACCUGCGUCACCAAGAACUGUGGUGCCAAUGCUGCUUGUGUGAAGGACGCUCAAGGCGUUGCAUCCUGUGUUUGCAACAUGGGCUUCCAGAUGGUGAAAGGCCUUUGCAUUGACACCUGCAAGAUGCAGAGCUGCAGUGCGAACGGCCGGUGCAUCAAGGACGAGAUUACUGGAGCGGCGUCCUGUGUGUGUGACACUGGCUUCGUGCUGCAGGCGGAUGGCAGGAUGUGUACCGUCUUUUCCCUCUCACCCCACACGUCCCCCCUGCUCUCCACUCGCCCAGACACAUGUGCGCUGAAGAAGUGUGGCGUCAACGGCAAGUGCAUCAAGGACAGUGCUGGAGUGGCGUCCUGCGUGUGCGACGUUGGCUUUGCUCUGCAGCCCGACGGUUCCACAUGCACUGAUACGUGCGUCAUCAAGAGCUGUGGUGCCAAUGCUAAUUGUGUGAAGGACGUUCAAGGCGUGGCAUCCUGUGUUUGCAACACGGGCUUCCAGAUGGUGGAAGGCACUUGCACUGACACCUGCGUCAUCAAGAACUGUGUGAGGGGCCGGUGCAUCAAGGACGGAUCUGGAGCGGCGUCCUGUGAAUGUAGCACUGGCUACGUGCUGCAGGCGGAUGGCAGGACGUGCAAAGAUGUCUGUGUGAUCCAGAACUGUGGUCUCAACGGCCGGUGUGUUCCUGCUGGUAACGCGGCUGCCUGUGUCUGUGACCCUGGCUACGUGCUGCAGGCGGAUGGCAGGACAUGUAAAGACACCUGCGAGAUCCAGAAGUGUGGUGGGAACGGCACGUGCAGCAAGGACAAAAUCACAGGAGCGGCGUCGUGUGUGUGUAACCCUGGCUUUGUGCUGCAGGCGGAUGGCAGGACGUGCAAAGACGUGUGUGAGAUCCAGAGCUGUGGUGCCAACGGCCAGUGUCGUGCUGGUGAUAGCAGCGCCACCUGCCAGUGUGACCAGGGAUACGAGCUGCAGCAGGAUGGCAAGACGUGCCUUCCCACCCCACCUCCACCUGCUGCAGUCGAUCCCUGUGACGCCAUGAACUGUGCUCCUAACGGCGAAUGUUAUCGUUAUGCUGAUGGCACGGCUACCUGUUAUUGCUACGUUGGUUUCGAGAUACAGGAUGUGACGUGCGUCCCCAGCUCAUAUCAACCUGAACCCGUGACCUGCUCCAUGACUUGCAUUAGUGAGAACAUGCACUGCAACGAGUAUGACCAGUGUGUGUGUGUCGAUGGGUACGAGAUGCAGAAUGGGGCGUGCGUCUCCAGCCCACCUCCACCUGCUGCAAUCGUUCCACGCGUUGAGGAGUCAAAGCUAGCUGACCAGUGUGCUGCCGUCUCUCCGUCUCUCCGUCUCUCCGUCUCUAGACCCCAACCCAUGGACCUCCUACCCGAUUCGUUCCAUCCCUGCCAUCCUCUUACCUUUAACAGUCACACCCUCCCCGACUGCCAUGUUGACUGCCAUGUUGACUGCCAUGCUGACUGCCAUGUUGACUGCCAUGUUGACUGUCGUGGGAUUAGCACACGGCAAUGUUGGGAGAUGUUGAUGUCAUACUUGCGAUGUUGUAAUAUGCCUUGUAUGUGUCUCCUCUCCCCCUCUCCCCCUCUUUCCCCCUCCCCCCCCUCCCCAUCUCCCCCUCUCCCCAUCUCCCCCUCUCUCCCUCUCCCCCUCUCUCCCUCUCCCCCUCUCUUCCUCUCUCCCUCUCCCCCUCUCCCCCUCUCCCCUUGCCUCCUUCAAAGUAUCUUGUCUGCCGUCCUGCACACUGGUGGGCUGUAA